AUCCGAUCUACAUCCGGACCAUGCCUGUGGUUCUGAAGCUACAGUGGAUCCUGUUCAACAUCAGCUGCAACUCGGCCCUCGUAGUGACCACUGGCUACUGGGCUUUUAUAGCUUUCGUGUCCAACACACCGCUGCUAACCAGCGACAUGUCCCGUUUGAAACACACGGUCAACUCGAUUUAUGUGAUAGCAGACGUCAUGAUUGGAGCCACGCCCAUUCGGAUGUACCACAUGUUCUUCACUGCUUUCCUGGGAUCUCUAUACAUCGUCUUCAACGCUCUUUACUACAUCAACAAUGGAAGCCUGCUGUUUAGAGGCGGUGUUGGUCGCACCUAUUACUUUAUGAACUGGUCACAACCUGUGGAAGCCAUCUGCACCUGUGUCCUGGGGGUCAUAAUGAGUGCUGCUGCUCAAAUCGUCCUGCACGGCCUCUUCCAGCUCCGGUCGUCCCUGCAUGAGAGAAUGUACCCUAACCAGCCCAGGACUGAAGCUGAACUGCAGAACAUCAUUACAACCUCUGUUAGUUACAAUUCUUUGGAAGAAAGUUACGGAGGAGGACCAUAUGGAGGGAAGAAACUUCGAUGA